CCCCGCGCGCAGAGCGACCUAGGCCGAGAAGAUGCGCACAGUGGAGGCACUGAGGCUCCGGCUCCUGCUAGCCGCCCUGCAAGCCUGCGCCUACGCCUACGCCGACCAGGAGCACGCGGGGCAUUUCCACGCAGGUCAUCCUGGGCACAGACGUGAUCACUGGAGCUACAAAGGCAAGACAGUGUGGCCCUCCGCUUUCCCCUCCUGUGGGGGACACAUGCAGUCCCCCAUCAACAUCGACACAGCGGCCACCCACUUCAGUCCGCAGCUGAUGCCCCUCCUGCUGUCUGGGUACAGCCUGCCUCCAGGAGAGACACUCCGCCUUCACAACAACGGACACACGAUUGUCCUGGACUUGCCCGGGAAUAUGAUGCUCACCGGUGGGGGCUUCCCUCAACCCUACCAGGCAGCCCAGCUACACCUGCACUGGGGAUCUGAUCACUCCAUGCCUGGCUCUGAGCACACCGUGGACGGGCACCGCUAUGCUGGUGAGAUUCACGUGGUCCACUACAGCUCCCACUUCAGCCACAUCACAGAGGCAGAGAGGGAGCCUGGAGGCUUGGCUGUGCUGGCGGCAUUUCUCGAGGUUGGGCCAGAGGAAAAUGAGCCAUAUCAGCACAUCCUUGAACAUCUGGAGGAUGUCCAUGAGGAAGGGAACGAAACUCUCAUUGCUGGCUUUGAUGUAGCUACGCUGCUUCCUAACAACCUCGAUCACUAUUUCCGCUACAACGGCUCACUGACCACUCCGCCUUGCUAUCAGACGGUGAACUGGACAAUCUUUAACCAGACCAUCCGGCUGUCCCAAGAGCAGUGCUGGAUGACGCCCUCCAAGGAGACGAUGACCAGCCCCUCCAGAGCAACUACCGCCUGCCACAAAGGAUGCAUGGCCGGAGUGUCCUGGCGAGCUUCCAGAUGCUCCACACCCCAGAAGAGGCUUCGCCACCUGAUGAAGAAGAUCCCCCCAGGAUCUCGGUUCCACGUGGGCCCACAGAGAGAAGUGAUGGACCAGACCCUAGAGAAGGCAGCAGAAGGCAUUCCUCUAUCCCGGAUGGUGCCACAGGACAAGACUCUGAUGGGCCGGCAUCUCAAGAAGGUGCUGGCAAGCGGGUGGGCUCCUCCCUUCGCACAGGAGACGUGCUGGCUGUUCUCUUUGGAGCUCUCUUUGGGGUCACGGCCCUCGCGUUUCUCCUCUACGUCCGUAAGCACCGGAGCCAGAAGCGCAGGCUGGGUGAUCAAGCAAACAAGUCCAGCGCCAUCUACACAGCAGCCACGACCGAUGAGAACACCGUCUAGAAGGCCACGCAGGAUGCAGGGUGGUGGCUGCGGGGGGACUCUGCCACCAGCAGCUCCCUGCCCCGCCAUCGGAGCACCCCCACCCCCUACCCUCCAUGCCGCUGGGCCCCACUGCCCCCCUUCACCAGCUCUUUCCCAGCUGCUCAGCCCAGGGUGGGCCAGCCAGACCACUCAUGCAACAGGACAAAGGAAGGCCGGGAGGCGGCAGGAGUUGCUGCCUGCCUGGUUCUGCUGUGGCCGGCAGGCCCCAAGCCGGAACUGGCCCAUUCAAGGGUGUGUGUGUGUGUGUGUCAGGUCACCUUUGUGUAGGAGGACUGCUGCUGUGAGACCAGCCACACACACCAGCCACAGACCGCCCUCUGCGCAUGCCCACAGCAAAGCCUCCCUCAGCUGUUGCCCUUGGUGCUGAAGGGUCUCAGCCAAGACCAGAAGCGUUCUGGCUCCCUCCGUCGCUUCGCGGCAGCAUGCGCUCCGGGCUGCUCCUUGUCCGGCUACCGGGGCCAGCACUUCUGCACUCAAAAGGGCAGGGCGGGAGCGCCAGCGAAUUCGACCGGAGCUGCGCCCUUCCUCUUCCUCCCUUCCCUCCCUCGGAAGCCUAAUUGGCCAAGGGCCUGGCGGUUUCCGCAAAUGGCUCCUUGCAGGUGCAAUGCAAAGUGGCCGCUGGGUUCCCAGGGCUGCCUCACCGCCUCUGCCGGCUCUUCCUAACAAACAGCGUCAAAGGGUGACUGCAUUUCCUUAGCCUUGGAGCCGUUGCAGGAAAAGAGUGCAGAAAGGGGGAAAGAACAGGUCCAGGGGGUGGAGAAACUCCCCCUAUGAGGAGAGCUCACAUUGUUUGGGUCUCUUUAGCUUAGAAAAAGGGCAAGUAAGUGGGAUGUGGGAGCGGGGGGAGCGGAGAGGUGUGUAAAAUUAUGCCUGGUGUGGAGUGGCAUAAUGCUACGAGAGGGAGGAAACCUCUCCUAGUAUUAAAACUCAGGCCCUUUGGAGGAAGGGUAGGGUUUCCAUCAAAUAAAUCUAGAGAAACUGAAGGGUGGAAGAUUCAAGUCGCAACCCUGGAGGAGCGGGAGGCCUCGGUGGUGUUGCUUCAGAGAGGAACUAGGGCAGCCCCCCCCCCCCCCGCAGUGCAGCAGGAAGGGCCAGCCACGGAUCCUGGUGGCUCUGAGGCAUAGCAGGCGGCGGCGGCGGCGGCUGCAAGGAGGGUGAGCUGUCACAAGCACCCAGGGCGAGAUGCCCCGAGUGCUGUCGCGUGCGGAAGGUAAUGCCCAAGGCCCAGCCAGCCUUCUGUCAGCCAGCCCAUGGAGACGUUGCCUGGGCUGGCAAGGGGCGUGCCACCGUCGGCGGCCUCCCUUGGGCGUGGCAAGGUGGGCUACUGCGUGGCUGUGGAAGGCCAGAAGCAGGGCUGUUUUGCCUGGCCUUAGGCAGAUGCUGCACCUUGUGCUGGGAUGCGGCACUAACAGAGGCUUCAGCCACGGAGCAGGAGAGGAGCGUCAGUCUCCAGCCCUAGCCUUGGCUGCUGCUGCUGCCGCUGCCGCCGCUUUUGUGUUUGUUCUUUCUGUGAUGUCUGCCACAAAAUGGGGGGCCUUGCGGAGGGGCUUCCGGGGGCCAGCGGCAGUUCCAAGGCAACAGGGAGGCCAUCAAGGGGUCACACUCAGGAUGCCCCUCCCAGUUGCUCUCUUUUUGGGUCCCUGUGGCCAGAAGAGCCGUGCUGUCAGGGCCUGGCUUUAUGGCUGCCCUGAGCAACAGGCCUGUGUUUGCCCCGGCGUACAGACUUACCUGCAGCCCCUGCCCUCGCUCCACUAGCUUCAUCCUGCCCCUCCUCAUUAGAAGGGUGGUACGGUCCCUCCUCGAGCAGAAGGCUCAUCAUCCCACGGAAAUGUCAAAGUGAAGGAGCUGAGCAAGACAAGGAGCAAGGCACUGCACACCUGAGCAGCAGCAGAGGCUGUGGGCAGCUACAUCUAUUGACAUUUAUGGCAUGGAGGAAGACCCACCCUAGGAUGGCGGAGAAGAGAACAGGGGCAGGCAGUCGUAUGAAGUGGGGGGGGGGGAGGAAACUUGAAAAGCGAGGGCCACGCAGGUGAGGGUUAAGCCUGAAAGGUGUCACUUCAGCACAGCCAUGUGAAAGCCACAGGCGAGCAGCUGGUGGGUGUGGGGGGAGGCACCGUGGGCCAGGCAGGAGGCCCGAGCCAGGGAUCAUGGCAGAGCAGGGAAGCGGGCUUUGCCCUCUGGGCCCACGAGGGGAGAGACAGGAGCUGCUAGCAGAGGCCAUCAGUUGGAGUUGCAAGCCUGACAAGGCAGCCCAGGCAUCAGGCUGGAGACACUCAGGGAUUGGGACACUGGAGUGCAGCAGCAAGACCGAAUUGCUCAAAGCACAGGAAGGACUUAGCCCGGAGGGAGGUGCAGGACUGGGGCACCGUUGGCCUCCUCGACGGGCACGCCACUCAGGAACAUCAGCCUGCGGCCAGCGGUGGCCCUGGAGGCUCAGGGGCAGCAUGGGCUGGAGGGAAGACGCUGUCCUGGCCAAAGCACCAAUUCCCACCCUGCCUGUCCCUCCUCCAGGGCCCACUGCAGCCUUGGGACGCCAGAGCAGCUCUUCUGGGGCAGACCAAGCGGCCGCCUGGGCCAGCACCGUUUGAUUGGGCUUUAUGGGUUCUGGGAAAGAGACCAACCCUAGUCUCCCGAACCCCUCCCUUAAGAAAGCCCCACCACCACCAUGGCUGAUCCACUGUGUGAUGCAGCCACUCAAAAACCCUUGUGCCGCUCUCCCGUCUUCUCCUUCCUACGUGGAUAAAAGGUGGAGAUAGCAGUGGAGGAAAACAUGGGAGGGUUCGAGUGGACGGCCAUGUUUAGGGCACCGUAAACUCCCAGGAAUGGCACCAUAAAACCCUCAACAGUUGAAUCAGAAAGGCACCGGGGUGGGGGGGUGGCGAGAUGAGGGGUGUUACGUUAGUAAGAAACCAGUUAUUUCAAGCAACUCCAUGAAAGAUGUAUUUAAUUUCAAACUUCAAAACUUUGUAUGUGACAUUUGGUUAAUCUGGCAUCAUUUAUGAUUAAACAUGUUAACUAUU